AUGACAGGUCUCAGCAUUUCAUUGCGGCUCCUGGUUUUCCUGCUGCUGCCUCCAGCUAAAGGCAAGAGAAAUAACCCUUCUCUCUGUGUUGUGAAUGACCUCCUCUGGACACCACAUCAGUUUUAUCAGCCAGGGGACCUCCUCAUUGGCGGGCUCACUUCUCAGUUCAUCUCUGUUUCUGACAGUGUCUCCUUUGAGGAACAUCCCAAAAGAAAUCUUCUUCACGAACCUUUUGCUGUGCCAAAGACCUACCAGCAUCUCCUGUCUUUGUCAUUUGCCAUGAAAGAGAUCAACGAGGAUCCCAAGAUCUUGCCCAACAUUACAUUAGGGUGCCACAUCUAUGACAGCUACUUUGAUGCCAGGAUGACGUACCACAACACUUUGAACCUCCUCUUUAAUCAGAAAAAGACUGUCCCUAACUACAACUGUGACAUCUGGAAGAAUCUAAUAGCUGUCAUUGGGGGCUUGGACUCUGAAAUUUCAUCCCACAUGGCCACUAUCUUAGCCAUUUACAAGAUUCCACAGGUCACAUAUUGCUUAUUUGCUCCUGUAAUGAGCGACACAAUCCAGCGGUCCCCUUUAUAUCGAGUUGUCCCCCAUGAAGAGCAUCAAUAUGCUGGGAUUGUCCGGCUUCUUCUGCAUUUCCGGUGGAACUGGGUUGGCAUCAUUGCAAUGAACGACGACAAAGGAGAAAUGUUUGUGCAGACCUUAGACCACAAGUUUCCCCAGAAUGGUAUCUGUACCGCAUUCACUGCAAGAAUACCAACUCACAGCAACACUUUUGACAUCUAUAACAUGUUAGGAGAACAUUUUCUGAAUAUGAUUAUUGUCCUCGCCAAAACAAAUGCCAACGUAUGUAUAGUAAAUGCUGAUACUUUUGGGAUGAGUGGUUUGCAGUUGGCAUUGAACCAGUUUGAGGCACAUCUUUUGGCACCUAUGCACAAGGUGUGGGUGAUGACGGCCCAUUUUGAUUUCUCUUCAGAGAUAUAUCACAGAGGUCUAGACAUACAAGUCUUCAAUAAUGCCUUGUCGUUUGCAAUCCCUCUCACUGAAGUUCAAGGCUUCCAGGGCUUCCUCCAGAGCCUGAAUCCCCAGGUGGAGGAAGAUGGGUUUAUUCGGAUCUUCUGGCAGCAGGCGUUUGACUGUGUCUUUCCAGAUACUGAUCUGGGUGAAGCGACUGUAGAUAGCUGCACUGGGGAAGAGAAACUGGAGGGUCUUCCUGGGCCUUUUUUCGAAAUGACCAUGACAGGCCAAAGCUACAGUAUCUAUAAUGCUGUCUACGCCCUGGCACAUGCUUUGCAUGCCAUGUGUUCACCCAGAACCAAGCAUGGAAUCUUGGCAGAGGAAGGAAAUAUUAAUACCCCAAAGCCACAGCAAUAUCAGGUCACACCCUUGUCUGUGUGUAAUGACAACUGCCAACCAGGUUACGGCAGACAAAGGAAGGAAGGGAAACCCUUUUGCUGUUAUGACUGUGCUCCUUGCCCAGAAGGAAAGAUUUCAAACCAGAAAGAUAUGGAUUACUGUUUCAAAUGCCCAGAAGAUCGCUAUCCCAACAAUGCUCAAAAUGGAUGCCUUCCAAAGGAACUCCACGUCCUGUCUUAUGACGAACCUUUGGGUUUCGGUUUGGUUGUUUUGGCUCUGGGUCUUUUUCUGACCACAGCUGCGGUUCUGAAACUCUUCAUCAAGUACCAGAAUACAGCCAUCGUCAAAGCCAAUAAUCCGAAUCUCACCUACGCUCUUCUUUUUUCGCUCUCGCUCUGCUUCCUCUGCUCAUUGCUAUUCAUUGGACAGCCCCAGCUACUUACUUGCCAUUUACGACAAACGGCGUUUGGCAUCAUCUUCUCAGUGGCUGUUUCGUGUGUCUUGGCGAAAACCAUCACUGUGGUUUGGGCUUUCUUGGCCACUAAACCAGGAUCGUGGCUGAGGAAAUGUGUGGGGAAAAGGUUAGCAAACUCUGUUGUCCUUUGCUGCUCAUCUCUUCAAGUAAUUAUUUGCAUGGUCUGGCUGUGCACUGAUCCUCCCUUCCCAACUGUUGAUAUGCAUUCCCUGCCUGAAGAAAUCAUUGUGGAAUGCCACGAAGGAUCACCCACCAUGUUUUCUUGUGUCUUGGCAUACAUGGGAUUUCUGGCCAUCCUCAGUUUUGUUGUGGCUUUCUUUGCUCGGAAGCUGCCCGACACUUUCAACGAAGCCAAGUUUAUCACUUUCAGCAUGUUGGUCUUUUGCAGCGUGUGGCUUUCAUUUGUCCCAACUUAUCUCAGCACCAAAGGGAAAUACAUGGCGGCCGUGGAGAUCUUCUCCAUCUUGGCCUCUGGGGCUGGAUUACUGGUCUGCAUCUUUCCCCCAAAAUGUUAUAUAAUUAUCCUGAGGCCUGAACUAAACAACAAAGAGCAGUUAGCAAGGAGAAGUACAUUACAAUGUGUUUAUUCAAAAAGAUGCUGA